GCUCAUGACGCGUCUCUUUUCCAAAGCCAACAUCGUUAAGUAAUAGAGUUCUCAACAUCUAUACUGCAAUAGUUCUAUGUAAUUGUGCUCAGCAACUCCACAGCUGAACUAUCCAUAUCUUUAAUUACCUCAGUCUACUAUCACAAUAGACAUCAGGUAUGUGGAGGGAGCGACUCUCUCUCUCUCCCUCUCUCCCUGGUCACGUCUAUUUUACUCUUCUUCCAUCCGUGCACUAGUAGUUGCUCAGCACUGAAAUAAAUUCCUCGUGGUCAGUUGCUUCUUGGCUUUUCUCGCACUCACGCGGCCCUUGGUUCAUUUUCAUUUUUAUUCACUCACGAGAAAGUUUCAAUUCACAGUUAAUUUCACAUCAAAGAAUCAUCCGCGUUGAAGACACUUGAUACACUUUCGAUACUAUCUUAUUUACGAAAUUGUCUCCGAGUGUGAAAUUAUAUACUACUCUAGUGUUUGUAUAUUCUUGUCGUCAUCGUCAGUUUUUUUAUCGUUGGAUUUCGAAAACUUUAUUCAAUUACCUUAUACUUUUUACGAGUGUAAAAAAGUGGAAAUUUUAUUAGAAUCAGAACCCAUCAACUUCAAAGCAGAUGAUCCAUGUAAUAUAAGUGUGGACUUGACAAAAUGCCAUGAGUCUGUUUUGACACAUACCUCUUAUUACUUGAGAAUUCGACAAACUCACUGGUAUUAAAGAUUGGACUUUGGUUCUUCUCUUGGAGCGUUGUUCAAAUUAAUUGUUUUUUUUCCAAAAUAUUACCGUUAGUUUUUAACAACGAAAAUAAAAUCCUUGGAAGUUUUUUCCUAUACCCAUCGCGAAUCGAGUGUUGUGGACAAAUAAAACCUGGACAGCAGAUAGAAUCAGUGAAUACACAGAAGAGAGUGAAGUAAAAAAUUAGUCUUGGAGAUGGCAGAGCACGACAAUGGCUACGGCAGGCCGACCCUGCCCAGCCUCGACGUCUUCGUCAAGACAAUCGUCGAGGUCAAGCGCGUCCUACCAUCCCUCCAAAACAUCAAAGUGCUUGGCGAGACGGGAUCCGGAACAAAGUCAAAAGGUCAAACCCAAGACUUUCACCAGCUCAGACAGCAAUGCCUGGACGAAGGCUAUCUCUUCGAGGACCCCGAGUUCCCAGCCGUGGACUCGUCCCUAUUUUUUUCUCGCAGACCGGACAGAUACAUCGAAUGGAAACGUCCUAUGGAAAUAGCCGACGACCCCCAGCUCUUCGUCGAGGGCUUCUCCAGGUUCGACAUACAGCAGGGCGAGCUCGGCGAUUGCUGGCUGCUCGCCGCCCUGGCCAAUUUGACCCUCCACUCAAAUUUGUUCUUUCAAAUCGUACCUGAAGACCAGAGUUUUGAGGAAAAUUACGCCGGCAUAUUCCACUUUAGAUUUUGGCAGUACGGCAAGUGGGUGGACGUCGUCGUCGACGAUCGCCUGCCAACGUAUCACGGCAAGCUGCUGUACCUGAGCUCGGCCGCGGAGAACGAGUUUUGGAGUGCAUUGCUCGAAAAAGCCUACGCCAAGCUGCACGGCUCCUACGAGUCCCUCAAGGGUGGCACGACCUGCGAGGCCAUGGAAGACUUUACCGGAGGUGUCACGGAAAAUUACGACAUGGAGGAGGCCCCGCCAAAUCUUUACAGCAUUUUGCUCAAGGCGUACGAGAGAAACUCCCUCAUGGGUUGCUCGAUCGAGCCCGACCCAAACGUGUUGGAAGCCGAGACGCCACAGGGCUUGAUUAGGGGACACGCCUACAGUAUCACCAGAGUGAAAAAGGUGAACAUUCAGACGCCGAACAACAUUGGGCAAAUUCCUCUGAUAAGAAUGAGGAACCCGUGGGGAAACGAAGCUGAAUGGAAUGGCCCUUGGAGCGAUGGAUCACCCGAAUGGAGAUUCAUUCCCGACGACGAGAAAGAGGAAUUGGGCCUGACGUUCGACGUUGACGGUGAAUUCUGGAUGUCCUUCCAGGAUUUUAAAAAGUACUUCACCAGAUUGGAAAUUUGCAACUUGAAUCCGGAUUCCUUGACGGAGGACGAUUUGAACGCCGGAAAAAAAAAGUGGGAGACUAGUGUGUUUGAGGGCGAAUGGGUGAGAGGAGUCACUGCGGGUGGUUGCAGAAAUUUCUUGGAAACUUUUUGGUGCAACCCGCAGUAUCGUAUUACGUUGGAACAUCCAGACGAGGACGAUGACAAGUGUACCGUCAUCAUCGCGUUGAUGCAAAAAAACAGAAGAGCACAGCGGAGUUUGGGUAACGACUGUCUCACCAUCGGUUUCGCUGUCUAUCAUCUGGAAAAUCCAGAUAGGCUGCCGAAACCAUUGGACAUUAACUUUUUCAAGUACAACGCGUCCAUAGCUAGAUCACCGUCGUUCAUUAACUUGCGAGAAGUGAGUUGUCGCUUCAAAUUACCACCUGGAGUUUACUGCAUAGUUCCCAGUACGUUUGAUAAAAAUGAAGAAGGGGAAUUCUUACUCCGAAUAUUCUCUGAAAACAAAAAUAAUAUGGAAGAAAACGACGAUGAAGUUGGAAUUGGUGAGGUUGACGAUAGGGUAAUUCACCCAACUGAAAAUAAUAUCAGUGAUGAGGACAAUAAGGUACAACCGGCUCCGGUUAGCGGAUACGACGAGAAAGUGCACGAGUUCUUCAAAAAACUCGCCGGUGAUGAUAUGGAAGUCGACUGGAAAGAGUUGAAGGAGAUUUUGGAUUAUGCACUGCGUCAAGAACUUCCACGACCGAAGAACGAGGUUCAUAAUACCGAAACCCCUCAAGAAGACGGUUCCUUCGUCGAUACGUUAAUAUCCCUGCUCUGUGGUAUUAUUUGUAAUGAUAAAACCGAACAGGACGAUAGUAAGACUGAAAUAGAAACGCACGACCAAGGCUUCAGUAAAGAUAUCUGCCGGAGUAUGAUCGCUAUGCUCGAUACCGACCAUAGCGGAAAACUGAAUUUCGAGGAGUUUAGGACAUUGUGGAACGACAUUAGAAACUGGAGGACCGUCUUUCGUCUGUACGACCGUGAAGGUAAAGGCUACUUGGACGCAUUCCAGCUCCGACAGGCCCUGAACAGCGCCGGUUACCGAUUGAACAAUAGAGUACUCAAUAUUUUGGUACACCGAUACGGUACUAAAAAGGGAUUAAUAUCGUUCGACGAUUACAUUAUGUGUGCCGUCAAGUUGAAAACUAUGAUCGGUAAAGAAAUCACGGAAUACGAUUUAAUAAAUUUGUUAGAUUAUCCCGAAAAUCCUUACUCCCAGUAGAACAACAUUGUUGUGCAUGAAACUCACUUGGUUAUGGUUGUUGAAUCUCUAAACGAUUUUACAGUCUUUUUGUUAGGAUUUAUUUGUAUUUUUUUUUUUUUUUU